AUGUCGCGGGACGCCCGGUCUAGCACCAGCAGCGGCAGCAGGUCUUCGUCCACCUUCCAUUUCGUGGCAGGCCUAGGUUCCGGUACUUUCGGCGCUGUGCUUCUGCAGCCGUUUGAUCUGCUCAAGACCCGAGUCCAGCAAUCCGGUUCGCGCUCGAUCCGAUCUGCCGUCAGAGACAUCCUCAAAUCCCCCAAUGCCCUGGCUGCCUUCUGGAGGGGCACCGUUCCCUCGGCCUUGCGGACUGGCUUCGGCUCGGCCAUCUACUUUACCACCCUGAACACCUUCCGACAGCAGGCAGCCGCCCUGACGCUGACGGCCCAACCUAAUGUCCAUCAUCGCUCUUCCUCUGCCCUCCCGAAACUCUCCAACACUGCCAAUCUCCUGUCGGGCGCCGUGGCCCGAGCUUUCGCCGGCUUCGUACUCAUGCCCUUGACCGUCAUUAAAGUGCGUUACGAAUCGAAUCUCUACUCGUACCGAUCGAUCGCAGGCGCUGCGAGGGACAUCUACAAGACGGGCCGCCUACCGGGCUUCUUUGUUGGCUUUGGCGCAACUGCGAUACGAGAUGCUCCCUACGCUGGCCUGUACGUUGUGUCGUAUGAACAGUUCAAGAGACGCCUUGGCUCUCUAUAUGGGCAAGAUGCAUUGGCCUCGUCCAGUGGUGGCAACAGCAUGAAAGGGUCCCUGUCAGCUACCAUCAACUUCGGCUCCGGUGCGCUCGCCGGUGCGACGUGUUCCUUCAUCUCAAAUCCAUUCGAUGCCGUCAAGACGCGGAUUCAGCUACAACCGCGCGACUAUCGGAACAUGUUCCAGGCCUGCCGGAAGAUGGUCGCAGAAGAGGGUGUGCGGUCUCUAUACGACGGUCUGGCAUUGCGCGUGACGCGCAAGGCAAUAAGCUCAGCCCUGGCUUGGACCUUGUACGAGGAAUUGGUUCGCAGAGCAGAGACUACCUGGGGCCGAAAGACGAGUGGACAUGUAUGA